GCUCAAAAUAGAUUUGGAUCAAGAGAGGAAACAAGGGCUUGGACCUGUAGGAUUCAUGCGUGUUGGGCUUGUUGGACCGUUGCCAUUGGUCAUCGGAUGUAGGAAAAUAGUUAGCAACUUAUUCUAACAUAGGACAACCCUUUUCAGCACGCCCAAAACGAGCCGAAUAUUUCACUACUUUAUGGUAAAAUAAUGAUAACUAAAAAAUAUUAUAAUUCUGAGCUUCCCAACGUUGAAUAUCAUCCCACUCAUAUAUUAAUAAUUAGGUCCAUAUAUAUAUAUAUAUAUAUAUAUACCGCCCAUCUUGGGUACUCAAAUUAAGAAUGGAUCAUACUAGUUAUAAGGUGACGGGAAGCAUAAGAAUGGUGCUGGCUUACCUGAAAUGGGGAUGUGAUUUGUUGUUCCAUUUGUCCUUCUUCCACCAUCGCUACCACGACUACUACUAUUACCAUCACCAAGACCACCGCCGAGUCCAAGAAUACUACGACUCUGACGACGUCGUAGUAGCGCCAGCAGGGUCAUCGGAGGACUCGCCGGAGUGCUCGGUGUGCUUGUCCAAGGUCAAGGAAGGCGACCAAGUCAGGGAGCUGGCAUGUCGCCACGUGUUCCAUAGAGUUUGUCUCGACAGAUGGUGUCAGUCGUCGUUCACAAGGAGGCGCCCCACGUGUCCACUCUGCCGCCGUUCCUUGACCUGCAGGGGGAGCUCAGCGGCGGCGGAACCGCCGGAAGUGUUGCUCUUCGAUUUCGCUAGCUUCGUGUCCUCCGAUCGUGACACCCGCGACACUUGGUGGCUCCGCUAGCUAUAGCUUGAUACGUUGACCCGCGUAACUUGCAAUGGAAAGAUAGUGAUCGAUCUGGAUCACCACCUAUUUCAGUUUUUUGUGUUUCCUUUUUAAUAGAUUGUAUACUUACAGGACGACUUCAAGUUCCCAAUGAAUGAUUUUGUGAACUUAAUUAUCCCUCUCCUUUCUCUUAAUUAAUUAAUUAAUUACGCGAAUUAUUGGGACGAAUUACUUAUAUAGUGCUCGACAUGGUAUUUGACUUUGUAUAAAGAAUUUUCAUGCUCGAAUCCUUAUGACAACCAACCCCAAACAUUAGUAGUUGAUUGAAGCGCUUUGUUUGAUGGUCUCACAUAAAUUUGAGGUCACAUGAGUUAAUUGUCAUUUGAUUGGAUAUGUAAAUAAGUAUAAUAUUCACUUUUUAGUCUAUUCCAACAAUUCAAAUUGUUGGGUGCAACUCAUUUUCGAAAGACUUGAUCAUAAUCACUAUCAUGAUCGCACUUAUUUUUUGCCACUUCAUUAUAAUGUAUUCACCAUGGGCAUUGGCUGAGUCAACCUUGUUAGGAGUCUACCAAAAUUUGGGGGGAAAUGCAUUACCACCUGAGUACCAGUAUGGGAGGUUCAAAUCUAAAACCGCACGAGUAUUAUUCACUCCACUACGAGACAUUUUAUGUUACAGUUAUAAUUUAAUAUUCGGUAAACAAAAGUAAUUAAAGUGU